CCGACGCGUCUGGGAACCAAAAACCCGCGGAGCUCUCCGACUUCAACACCGGACCACAUCACUCUCCCUUUUUCUCUCAGGUCGGAGGUCCACGACUGAGACUUUAACCUGGUUUCUAUUUUUUAUUCUUAAACCAACAAAGGAAAUUCCACUGUCUCCUCUUUAGCUUCAUUCAUGUGCUGCUGAGCCAGAAGAAGCUGAAGAUGAAGAGCAGGCUUUCUCUGGCCGCGGCUGCCCUCCUGGCACUGCUGCUGCUGUGCUUCACUCAGGCCCAGAGUCAAGUCGCCCCUCCGUCAGAUUUGAGGUUUAAGAUUUUAAAUGAGAACACGGUGCAAAUGAUCUGGCGUGGACCACAGACGAGGAUACAGGGCUACAGGAUACAAGUGACCUCAUCCACAGAAGAACCAACAAAAGAAUUUACUCUGACUGCAUCUGCAACUAAGACCACCAUCUCAGACCUGAUUCCAGAUGUGGAUUAUGUAGUAACAAUAUCUGCAUACACUGGAUCAGAGGAGAGUCUACCCAUCUCCGGCCAGAUCACAAUCGAGUCCAGUGGCAGCUCAAGAGGAACUCCCAGGAAACCAGACGCUUCAGACUCAGUCAAAUGCUCCUUCAGUGCCAUCGCCGAUGUCGUCUUUUUGGUGGACGGCUCCUGGAGUGUGGGCAGGCCCAACUUCAAAUACAUCCGCAACUUUAUCUCAGCCACAGCCGGCGCCUUUCAGAUCGGAGAGGACAAAACGCGGGUGGGCGUGGUCCAGUACAGCAGCGAUGCCCGGACCGAGUUCAACCUGAACAGACACCUGACCCGACCGGCGCUGCUCCGAGCCAUCGGCUCUCUGCCGUUCAAGGGAGGAGAAACAAAGACAGGCGACGCCCUCAACUACCUCUUGACAAACACGUUCACAGAGGAGGCCGGCAGCAGGAGCGCUUUCCCCAAAGUGCUGGUGAUCAUCACGGAUGGCAAAUCUGAGGACCCAGUGGAGAGUUACGCCAAGCAGCUCAGGAGCAGGGGGGUGGAGAUCUUUGUCCUCGGCAUACAACAGGCUGAUCCAGAGGAGAUGAAGCUAAUGGCCUCCACUCCUUACAGGAGACACGUCUUUAAUGUCGCCAACUUUGACAUGAUGAAGAAUGUGCAGAAAGACAUCAUUGUUCAGGUGUGCGCUGGUGUUGACGACCAACUCAACUCACUGGUCAGCGGAGAAGAAGUUGUUGAGCCCGCCUCGAACCUCCAAGUCCUUGAGGUGGCCUCAAAGUCCAUACGAGUGACAUGGGAAGCCUCCAUCGGAGAAGUCUCUGGAUACAAGGUGCAGAUGAUCCCCAUGAUGACCGGCAGCAAGCGGCAGGAGCUUUACGUGGGCCCAGGUCAGACCUCGGUGGUGGUCAGAGACCUUUCUCCUGACACAGAGUACCAGAUCAGUCUGUACGCUCUGAAGGGCCUGACGCCAAGCGAUCCUGUCAUGGUCAUGCAGAAGACACAGCCGGUUAAAGUAUCAGUGGAAUGUUCUCUUGGUGUGGACGUUCAAGCUGAAGUCGUCCUCCUGGUAGACGGAUCCUAUAGCAUCGGUCUGGCUAACUUUGCUAAAGUCAGAGCUUUCCUGGAGGUGCUGGUGAACUCCUUUGACAUUGGGCCAAAUAAGGUCCAGAUAAGUUUGGUCCAGUACAGCAGGGAUCCCCACACUGAGUUCUACCUAAACACCCAUCAUGACCUACCCGCUGUGGUGAAGGCUGUGAGGACUUUCCCGUACCGCGGAGGCUCCACCAACACCGGCAGGGCCAUGACCUACGUGAGGGAUAAGAUCUUUCUGGAUGUUAGAGGAGCGCGCCCCAAUGUCCCCCGUGUCACCAUCCUCAUCACUGACGGGAAGUCAUCGGAUGCCUUCCAGGAUCCAGCCACUAAACUGAGGAACUCUGAUGUGGAGAUCUUUGCUGUGGGUGUAAAGGACGCUGUUCGUUCUGAGCUGGAGGCCAUUGCUAACACACCUGUGGAGACCCAUGUGUACACCGUAGAGGACUUUGAUGCCUUUGAGAAAAUUUCCAAAGAACUCACACAGUCCAUCUGCCUGAGGAUCGAGCAAGAACUUCGCAAAAGAAGAUUUCUCCCACCAAGGGCGCUGUCCUUCUCAGAGGUUGGCCCAAGAAGCUUCAGGACUUCCUGGGAGAUGGAUGCCAGCUCAGUCGAGUCCUUUUUGGUUCAGUUCAGGCCAGCAGCUGAAACCAAUGGUCAUUACGUGUCCAUGUCUGUGCCCGGGGACACGCUCACCGCCCUCCUCCCCAACCUCACCCCAAUCACACGCUAUGAAGUCAAUGUUUAUGCACAGUAUGACAAAGGGGACAGCUCGCCUGUGACCGGCUAUGAAACUACUUUAGAAGAGCUCGGCUCCGUGCAGGACCUGAAAGUGUCAGAAGAGACCACAGAGAGCUUCAGGGUGUCAUGGCAGCCAGCUCCUGGAGCCGUGACUCGCUACAGGUUGACAUACGAACCCGUCGGGGACGAGAGGACGAGGGUGGAGACGGCUACUGUGGGAGCAGAGACGACCAUCGUGCUUCUGGGGCUCCUGCCUAAAACCACCUACAGGGUCACCGUCAGCCCUGAAUACAGUUCUGGAUCUGGAGUGCCUCAGCAGAUUGAUGGCACCACCAAAGAAGUCCGCGGUUCCCCACGUGACCUGAGGGUUUUCGACGAGACCACGUCCUCCAUGAAGGUCUCCUGGGAGGCGGCGCCGGGGAAUGUGCUGCAGUACCGCGUGGCGUACAGACCGAGCGCCGGUGGCACCAAGAAGGAACUGUCCGUCAAGGGCGACAACACGGCCAGCGUCCUGAAGAACCUGCAGCCGGGCACCCAGUACGACAUCUUCCUCAGCGCACGAUACCAGUCCGGCCUGGGCGACGCCUUGGAAGGACAAGGCACCACGCUAGAAGAGGGAGGUCCCCCCACAAACCUGGUCACCAACGACGUGACCGACACCAGCUUUGUGGCGUCCUGGACGGCAGCGCCGGGGAAUGUCAAGAUGUACCGGGUCCGAUGGAAGUCUCUGUUCUCUGAGGAGGCUGGAGAGAAAACGGUGGCGGGAGACGUGACCAACACCGUGCUGGACGGUCUGACUCCUGAGACCCUCUACCAAGUGUCUGUGGUCGCCGCCUACGGUCACAAAGACAGCGAGCCGCUCGCGGGACAGGAAACUACUGACGCCUCUGCUGCUGGUAAAAAAUUGACCGUGUCGGACGAGACUGAGCGAACCAUGAAGGUCACAUGGAUGCCGGCACCAGGCAAGGUGGUGAACUACCGGCUGAAGUAUGCUCCCAUUGGUGGGGGGAAAGAGGUGAUCCUCAGGAUCCCUGGGACAUCCACUUCCACCGUCAUGAAGCGCCUGCAGCCAAUGACGACCUACGACAUCAUCGUUCACCCCAUCUACAAGCGCGGGGAAGGAAAAGCAAGGCAAGGAGUAGGAACGACACUGUCGCCAUACAAGGCUCCCAGAAACCUCCAGACCUCAGAGCCAACCAAGACCAGUUUCAGAGUCACCUGGGAUCCAGCGCCUGGAGAUGUUAGGGGCUACAAAGUUACCUUUCACCCCAGUGGAAAUGAUGUGGACCUGGGUGAACUCCUGGUCGGUCCUUACGAUAACACCAUCGUUCUAGAGGAACUCAGGGCAGGAACAAAGUACACAGUUUCUGUGUUUGGGAUGUUUGAGGGGGGAGAGAGCAUGCCCCUGGCUGGAGAGGAGAAUACGACCCUCAUGGACAGUCCUGAUCCGCCUCCUGUCGAUCUCUCUGAGACUCAGUGUAAGACCAAGGCCAAGGCCGACAUUGUGCUGCUGGUCGACGGCUCCUGGAGUAUCGGCCGCAUCAACUUCAAGACCAUCCGCAACUUCAUCGCCAGUAUGGUCAGCGUGUUCGACAUCAGCCCUGACACAGUUCAGAUUGGUCUUGCUCAGUACAGCGGAGACCCAAGGACUGAGUGGCACCUGAACACCCACCCAACCAAAGAGUCCCUGAUGAAAGCAAUCGAAAACCUGCCGUACAAGGGAGGCAACACCAUGACAGGAUUGGCUCUGAACUUCAUCCUGCAGAACAACUUCAGGCCUAACGGAGGGAUGCGAGAGGACGCCCGGAAAAUAGGCGUCCUCAUCACUGACGGAAAGUCCCAGGACGAAAUCAUCAUGAAGUCACAGAGCCUGAGGGAGAGCGGUAUUGAGCUCUACGCCAUCGGCGUGAAGAAUGCUGACGAGAACGAGUUGAGGUCCAUCGCCACCGACCCCGACGAGAUUCACAUGUACAACGUCAACGACUUCCAGUUCCUGCUGACCAUCGUCGACGACCUCACCAAUAACCUGUGCAACAGUGUCAAGGGUCCAGGAGGUGAAGAAGUGGAGGUACCCGAGGCACCCACCAACCUGGUGACCUCAGAGGUUACCCACCGCUCCUUCCGUGCCACCUGGACGCCACCCGGCCGCACCGUCGACAUGUAUAAAGUCACUUAUACGGCUGUGGAUGGAGGAGCCACCCAGGAGCUGCUGGUCGACGGCUCAGUGACAACCACAGUCCUGGAAGGCCUGACCCCUCUGACCGAGUAUGUGGUCAAUGUUUACUCUGUGUAUGACGAGUUGAUCAGCGAGCCACUGAAGGGCACCGAGACCACCUUGCCCCUGUCUGCAGCGAAGAACAUGAAUGUUUACGACGAGACCUCCACCACCAUGAAGGUGAGAUGGGGGGAGGCUGAAGGUGCCGCAGGCUACAUGCUUCUGUACAGAUCCAUCAACGCCUCCGAGCCACAGCUGGAGAUGGAGGUUCGUGUUAGUGGUGAGGUGACAAACGUCAUGCUGGAGAAGCUGACACCCAACACAGCCUACGCCAUCAAACUGUUCGCCCUGCACGGAGAGACUCCCAGCGAGCCUCUGGAUGGAACCGGAGUCACCUUGCCCAGGCCUCCCGCUGGAGUCCUGAGAAUCUCGGAUGUGACUCACAGCACCAUGAGGCUCAACUGGGACGCUGCUCCUGGAGCGGUCCGCAAGUACAUCAUCAACUAUAAACCAGAAGAAGGAGACCUGAAGGAGGCUGAAGUGGACGGUGGCACCACCACCCUGGAUCUUUCCAGCCUGAUCUCCCAGACUGAGUACGAUGUGGCAGUCACCCCGGUCUAUGACGAGGGACCUGGCACUGUGAUGCUCGGAAGCGCCAUCACAGAUGUUGUUCCUGCUCCGAAGAACCUGCAGUUCUCUGAGGUGACGCAGAGCUCGUUCAGGGCCACAUGGGAACACGGAGCCCCGGAUGUGGCCCUCUAUCGGGUCGGCUGGACCAAGAAGGGGGAAACCAACUUCCAGUUUGCCAUCCUGAAUAGCGAUGAGACCUCCCACGUUCUGCCAAACUUGGACCCAGACACUGAGUACGGGGUCACCGUCACAGCCAUCUACCCUGACGAGUCAGAGAGUGAGGACCUGAUGGGAAGCGAGCGUACAUUGUUGACCUCUGCAGAGGUGCUUCCCGAGCCUCCUCGUAACUUGAGGGUUUUCAACGCCACCAUCUCCUCGCUGACAGUGAAAUGGGACGCAGCCCCCGGCCCUGUCCAGAACUACCAGAUCACUUACAAAUCCCUGGUUGGAGGCGAGCCUCUCAGGGCUCAGGUGGGAGGGAAGAAGACCAGCCACAUCCUGCAGAAGCUGGACCCUGACACUCAGUACUCCGUCAGCGUGGCCGCCAUGUACCCGACAGGCUUCAGCAAAGACAUCUCUGGAGAAGGACAAACCAAGCCUCUGGGUGGCGUCAGGAACCUGCAGGUGCUGAACCCCACCAUGACCACCCUGAACGUGCGCUGGGAGCCGGCUGAGGGCCGAGUGAAGGAGUACAAGGUCCUCUACGCUCCUGCUGCUGGAGGAGCUGAAAGCAUGGAAACGGUGACCGCAGGAACAACCAACACCAUGCUGCGAGGCCUGCAGCCCGACACCCUCUACACCGUGUCUCUGGUGCCCGUUUACGCUGCAGGAGACGGAAAGACCAUGUCUGAAAAUGGAAGGACAAGGCCGCUGGGAGGAGUGAAGAACCUGGUGGUGACGGACCCCACCAUGACUUCUCUGGCUGUGAACUGGGAACCUGCUGAUGGAGCCGUUCGCCUGUACAAGGUGUUCUAUGUACCUGUGACCGGCGGCCUGGAGGAGAUGGAACAAGUCCCCACUGGCACCACCUCCAUCAUCCUCAGGAACUUAAUGCCCGACACGCCGUAUACUGUGUCGGUGUUACCAGUCUACCCAGCAAGGGAGGGAAAACGCCAGUCAGAGAACGGGAAGACAUUGCCUCUGGCAGGAAUUGGCAACAUGAAGGUGACCAAACCAACCAUCACCACUCUCACCGUCACCUGGAAUCCAGCUGAUGGGAAUGUUCAGGGCUACAAAGUCAUCUACGUCCCUACCGAUGGAGGGAUGGAGAUUGUGGAGCAAGUGUCAGAGAGCACCACCACAACCGUCCUGGAGAAGCUACUACCAAACACCCGCUACACCGUCACUGUGGUCCCCGUGUACGCUGAGGGAGACGGACCCAGUCUCACCGACAAUGGGAAGACAAGGCCGCUGGGCUUUGUGAAGAACCUGCAGGUGACCGAUCCCACCACCAGCACCCUGAACGUCCGCUGGGAGCCCGCCGAGGGUAAUGUGCGCGAGUACAUCGUGAUCUGGGUGCCCGCUGCUGGAGGAGAACAGGAAGUGGACCAGGUGUCCGGGACCACCACCUCCACCGUCCUGAAGAACCUGGAGCCGAACACCGAGUACACCGUUAGCCUCGUGCCCGUCUACCACGAGAUGGAGGGCAAAUCUCAGUCUGCAAACGGGAAGACGAAUCCGUUCGGUGGCGUGAAGAACCUGCAGGUUGUCGACCCGACCAUCAGCACCCUGACAGCCCGCUGGGAUCCAGCCGUGGGAAAUGUUCGCAGCUACAAGGUCUUCUACGCAGCUGAACCAGGAGGCGAAGAGCGGAUGGAGGAGGUUUCAGGAGGCACCACCAGCACCAUCCUCAGGAACCUGGAGACGGACACCGUCUACAAUGUGGCUGUUGUUCCGGUUUACCCAGACGUGCAGGGCAUUCGACAGGCAGAGAAGGGAAAGACAAAGCCUCUGGGUGGAGUGAAGAAUCUGCAGGUGAGCGACCCCACCACCAACUCCCUCAGGGUUCGCUGGGAGCCGGCCGAGGGCGACGUCAGGCAGUACCAGAUCAUCUACGUUCCCACAGGCGGAGGAGCUGAGAGCGUGACUCAGGUUUCAGGAAUGUCCACCAACACGGUGCUGAGAGAACUGAAGCCGGACACCGAGUACUCGGUGACGCUGGUGCCCAUCUACGCCGACGUGGAGGGAAAACGCUCGACUGAGAACGGAAAGACAAAGGCGCUCGGAGGAGUGAAGAACCUGCAGGUCACUGAACCCACCACCAGCUCCCUGAAGGUGCGCUGGGAGCCGGCGGAGGGCAACGUCCGCCAGUAUCGCAUCUUCUACGUCCCCGCAGCGGGAGGAGCCGAGGACAUGGAGCAGGUGUCCGGCGGCACCACCAACACCGUCCUGAGGAGCCUGCUGUCAGACACUCCCUACACCGUCACCGUGGUUCCAGUGUACCCCGAGGGAGAAGGUCAGCGCCAGGCCGACAAAGGAAAGACACUCCCACGCACGCCACCCAAGAACAUCCAGGUGUACAACCCCACCCCCAACAGCCUGAACGUUCGCUGGGAGCCCGCCUCAGGCCAGGUUCAGCAGUACCGGGUGGCUUACUCCUCCCUGACUGGAGCCAGACCCAGCGGGACGGUCAUGGUUCCGGGAACUAUUACCAACGCCUUCCUGGACAACCUGAUCCCAGACACCCCCUACUCGGUCUCUGUGAAGGCUCUGUACGCCGAUGGGGAGGGGUCGCCAAUCAAAAGCAACGGCAAAACACUGCCCCGUGGCGGUCCCAGGAACAUGCGUGUGUUUGACGCCACCACCAGCACCCUCACCCUCGGCUGGGACCACGCAGAGGGUCCUGUGAGGCAGUACAAGAUCGCCUACGCCCCGCUGACCGGAGACCCCAUCACUGAGUUUGCCACGGUUCCAGGAAACAGAAACAACGCCCGGCUGCAGAAUCUGCUCCCUGACACGCCGUACAACAUCACCGUGGAGGCCGUGUACGCCGAGGGCCCCGGAGGGUCUCUCAACGGAAACGGACGUACAGUCGGCCUGUUGAGUCCCAGAAACCUUCGAGUCUCAGACGAGUGGUACACCCGCUUCAGAGUGGCCUGGGACGCCGUGCCGGCUCCCGUCCAGGGGUACAGACUGAUCUACUCUCCUGCAGGCUCUCAACAACCCCCCGUAGAUUUCUUUGUGGGCGACGUGACCUCUUACACUCUGCACAACCUGCUGCCUGGAACCACCUACGACCUUAAAGUGGUCGCUCAGUACACCGGAGGCAUGAGCGGACAGCUGCCUGGACAGGGAACAACACUCUACCUGAACGUCACCAACAUCGAGACCUACGACGUCGGCCACGACAAGUUCUGCAUCAAAUGGAAUCCUCACAGGGCGGCGACAUCCUACCGCAUCAAACUCAACCCCGCGGACCCCUCCAGUAAAGGAGCUCAUGAGAUCACCAUCGGCGCCGGUCUUCCUCAGCACUGCUUUGACGGACUCUCGCCUGACGCCCUCUACACCGCCACCGUCUUCGUUCAGACGCCCAACCUGGAAGGUCCUGGAGUCAGCGCCAAGGAGAGAACAUUGGUGAAGCCAACGCCAGUUCCAACGCUCCCGCCAACACCGGCCCCUCCUCCCACCAUCCCCCCUCCAUGGGCAGUUUGCAAAGGAGCCAAAGCAGACUUGGUGUUCCUCAUCGACGGCUCGUGGAGCAUCGGCGAGGAGAGCUUCACCAAAGUCGUCAACUUCGUCUCCGGUAUGAUCGGCGCCUUCGACGUGGUCGGACCCUCAGGGAUGCAG